AUGGCGAGUGGUACAGAUGACGAAAAUGAGGCGAAUUCGUUAGCAGGACACUGCGGACAUUCGGGGGGAUCCGAAGUCGCAGUGGGAAAUAACUCCAAUUUGUUCGGUUUGGCAGUGGAGGGAUGUAACCCCAGUGGGAAGAGUUGCUCAGGGGGGGGUCUCCCACGCAGGGAGGAAUCAAACGGCGAGUGCAUCUGUGCUGGUUCGCCCGGAAGGAGCAGCCCUGGGAGGAGCGCCCCUGACAAGAGCGACUAUCGCAGAGAAGACUGUACCCAGGACAACACAGACAUGCUGGGCGACGAAGAGGAAAGGCACUUCUGCAACGUCUGCUUCUCUUUCUUGUAUUACAAAAAAUAUUGCUUCUACGAACUGCUCAGGAUCUAUAGAAACGUGUCUUCCCUGACGCACGAGGAGAAGACUCUCCUCACAGAAUCGAUUUACUGCAAAUUGUACAAAAUGUACCUGGCCGUCCUGAAUAACUAUUUUUUUAUUUUAAACAUUCUUCUUCCCCAGAUUUCAACUCAUAUCAUUUUGCACCUCCUGGCACACACGGAUCAACGCGGGGACAUGGUCAUCGUGGAGGACUCUUCCAGCGACGGGGAGGAGAGAAAUGGAGAAAGCGUUGCAAGGAUUGGAAGCGUUCGGAGCGGCACGGAGGAUGCCACCUACAGUAGCAACGCUGAGGAGGGCCACUCCGACGGAAGAAGCAGCGUCGAUGGAGAGGAGAAGACCGCCCAGGGGAAAACGAGAAAGAAGAGCAUCCAACGGAGCAAGCGGGCCAAACGCAGCAAAUGGGGCAAAAGAAUCCCCCGGGAGGAAUACACCAUAAAUGAAAUAUUGGACCAUUUAACUGAGGAGGAGAAGGAGAAGAUCGAUCGGGAGUAUAACUGGCACAACUUAGAUGCAAGGUUGCUCUGUAAAGAUAACCCCAUCGUUAUACUAAAAGAAAUCAGAUCUAAGUUAAUGAGUGCCAAAGAGAACCAAGGGAUCUCCAGGGAGAUUCAGAUUGAGCUUGAGCUGAAUCUGGAGCGGUCCACGUCGGUAGAUUAUCUGGACGUCGGUUACUCCACCGGCAGGGCAACCCACCAUAAGGAUGAAACAGGUGCCAAUCUUUUGAGCAGUUCAUCGUUGUUUCCUGAGGAAGAAGGGGGGAAAUCCCAUGGAGGAGCAAAACAACAAGGGGGAGGAAAACAAAAAGGGGAUCACUCCCCCCCGGAGCAGUCACACGGGGUAUGCCCUGACGAACAGCUCAAGGAGGAGCCGAGAAAGAGCCUGCCCUUCCCGGAGCACUACAACAGGCAGUAUCAUAAAAGACAGGAGAAGGAAGAGGCGGACAUUCCCAACGGGAAGGGGAAAUCGGAAGAUAUCCUCCAUGGGGGCGGCGAAGUGAAGGGCCAGUCAAGCGGCGAAUCGAAGGGGCAAUCGAACGGCGAAGUGAACCACGAAGCCUACCUCGCGGACCACCGCAAGCAUCACAGCGAGUACGCGUUUCCCCGCCUGGAUAGCCCGCCGGAGGAGAUGCGGCUUGGUGAGUGGGGCGCGAACGACGAGCCACGGGGGGAGACCGCUGCGCCAGAUAGGGAAGCGAAUGUUGGGGGUACUCCAAAUAGUGCUCCCCCAAGUAGGGAUCCCCCCACUGGAGCCCCCCCGAGUGGAACCCCACUCCAGGGCGAGCACGUCCCCCCCGGGCGUCGAAUCACAAGCGCGUACAGCCCCACGCUCGACGAAUACAACCUGCUACAAAACAUGAGCAAAGUGAGAAGUACACUGAGACAGUUCGUUCGCGACUGGUCCAUGGAAGGAAAACACGAAAGAGAUGGUGCAUACGAACCGAUGCUAAAAAGUCUGGAUAAAUAUGUGCCCAUAACAGAUACGUAUGUCCCCAAGGUUCUCUGUCCAGGAUCAGGAUUGGGAAGGCUUCCAUACGAAGUAGCAAAAAAAGGGUAUAGAAGUCAAGGGAAUGAAUUUUCCUACUUCAUGCUCCUUGCAUCGAACUUUAUCCUAAACUACUACAAUGAAAAGGAUUCUCUAAAAAUCCAACCCUAUUGCCUGAACACAUUGAACCGGAAAAAAAGAGACGACCACCUCAAAGCUGUAACGGUCCCAGAUAUAAAUACCUACAAUAAGGCCAUCCUAAGUACCGACUUUUCCAUGUGUGCAGGUGAACUGAUCGAAGUUUAUGACAAAGAGAGAGGAUCCUUUGACGCAGUUCUCACCUGUUUCUUCAUAGAUACAGCGAAAAAUAUCUUCUUGUACAUUCGAACCUUUGCCAACAUUUUAAAGCCAAACUCUCUAUGGUGUAACGUCGGUCCUCUCCUCUACCACUACUCUGAAAUGACGAAUGAACUCUCCAUCGAGUUGUCCUGGGAAGAAAUUGAACUCAUCAUUUCGAAGUGGUUCACUUUUGUGGAGAUUGAAUGGAUAGACAAUUAUUAUACGACCAAUGUUGACUCCAUGAUGCAGGUGCAGUACCACUGUAUCUUUUUCUGCGCCAUUCGGAAUGAUGUCCCUGUGGAGGACCCGCCCAUGGGGGACCCCCCUCAGGGGGGCUAG